UACGCGGAGGUCCAACUCCAUAAGAGUAUUCAUAUAAAUUAAAAUUAGGGACUGGGGUACAAAGAAACAUAUAAUGAAAGCAGAAUAUUGCGUGCGACGGGGAUCAUAGAAUACUGUAGGUGUUGGUUGAGAUGAGAGCGGGGUUGAAUCGAUAACGAGGAUAUGACAGCUUGGCUGCGUAAGCGGGGCUUGACGAUCAAUGAAUUGCCUCAACUUUCGAGAUCCCCGACUAACGACUCAGCUCUCUAUAGAAUCCAUUCUCGAACCACAUAGCAAUCAUGUCUUCAGAACAACUCAGCGCUGGCUCACUCUUCAGCCUCAAUGGCCUUGUCGCGGUCGUGACAGGCGGAGGUUCAGGCAUCGGCCUCAUGUUCGUCAAGGCGUUACUCCAAAAUGGUGCCGCAAAGGUCUACAUCGCUGGUCGAAGGAAGGAAAAGCUCGAUGAAGUCGCCAGCUCAUUGGGCGACAAGGUCGUUGGGGUCCAGUGCGACGUCACCUCCAAGUCAGAUCUGCAGAACAUGGUCUCUCAGAUUGAGAAGGACAUUGGGUACGUCAACCUGUUGGUGUGCAACUCUGGUAUUGGAGGACCUCAGGUGAAGCCAAUUACUCCCGAAACAACCUUGGAAGAAUGGGCCAAGUCCAACUUUGACACUGAUUUCGGCGAUUAUGUCAACACUUUCGCCAUCAAUACCGCGUCGGUUUGGUUCACCAGCAUGGCUUUUCUCCCACUUCUGAAGAAGGGCAACGAGAAGGGAAAUGUCGAGCAGACGUCACAAGUCAUUGUUACCAGCUCCAUCGCCGCAUUCAACAAGAAAGCCCCCGGCGGUUGGGCAUACGGGCAGUCCAAGGCUGGAGCUGUUCUAGCAGCCAAGCAGCUUGCCGUUGCCCUUCCCCAGUGGAAUAUCAGAGCCAACUGCAUUGCUCCUGGAUUAUUCCCCAGCGAGAUGUCAGAGCCAAUUGUCAAGAUGUAUACCGACGAGUCAGGACAGCCUGGUGCCGUGCCAACGUCAAUGGCACCGCUUCGAAGAAUGGGAGAUGAGAAGGAUAUGUCAGGAACUUUUCUAUAUCUAGCAUCUCGGGCGGGUGGAUAUUGUAACGGCACAGUUAUAGUCGUCGAUGGUGGUCGCUUGAGUAACUUUCCGACCACGAAUUAGGACAAGUUCUUGGACCGCAGGACAAGAUACAUUAAAUACAAAAUUACAAUAGUUUCUGUAUUUUUAUUCCACCAAUUUCAAGGUAUUUUGUCUAUAUCUAAGAGUUUUCCAGAGGCAAUCCUGGACUCGUUAGAAUUGGUACCUUAUUCCGGCUGGGGUUUCUUACGAUACUGAGCCAAUCACGCUUCAAGAUGGAUAAACUGUAAGUUUCUCUAUCAUCAAGCAGAAG